UGCCAUUUUCAACGCUUGAAGCGCGCCCGAACUAACAAUACACACGUCCGCACAGCGCAGGCCCUUUCACGACAUUAGUUUCACGUCGCGUCUACACUAUGAAAUUAGUUGCAUGACACUAAUUUGCAUGCAUGAAAUUAACGCAUGCAUUACGAAAGUAUUAAAUUACACGUGAAACUGUAGAUAAAACUAAUGUCACGAAAUUAAUUUCAUGCCACUAAUUUCGUAAUGUAAAUUCGCCUUUACUGUUUCAUAUCUGUGAAAGUGCACAAAUGUGAGAAAAUGAAACAAAGCUUCUCGGGAUCCUCCAAAAAGUCCAUUGAAAAAAUCUCAGUAAAUGACCACCAUUUUACUGAGAUUAUAUUUCAUCCCAUAUUAUCAUCUCAUCUCAUUUCACUUCAUUUCAUCCCAGUUGAUUAAUGUCUCAAAGUAAUCAUCUUCAUUUCAUUUCACUCCAUAUUAUCGUUUUUCAUAAAAAUAAGAAUAUAACAUCUUAAAGGUCUCAGUUACCAGGUCAUAAAAUCCCUUUAAAAAAACCAAACCGUCUAAUGUCUACUGAACAGAUUACAACAAACAAUAAACAAGUUUUAUUAUUAAUUAAUAAGUUCAUUUGUACCAGAAAAUGAACGCUCUUUUGGAUUAUGGAACAUCUUCCAGUAGUAGCAGUGAUGAAUGUGACGAGACAGAAGAAUCUACUACAGAGACUCCGAAGCAGAAAUUACCAAAACCAAGCUUGGGAGAAAGCACUAUUCAAACAUCAGUCUUUUCCAAUCCUUUUGUGGCAGCUGAGCAAGCGAAAGCAGCGAUCCUAGAAAAACAUGUGAAAAUGGUUCCAGGUAAAGAUGGAAUGCAGACUAUAAAUGGAAGGAAGAUAUGUUGGAAUCACAGAAAAGGAAGAUGUCGGUUUGGACAUAACUGUAAAUAUGCACAUGACACUGAUAUACAGAAGACACCAGAAGAAUUAGAGGCUGAGAAACAGCAAUACAAGUCAGUUAUUUUUGAAGGGGCAGGCACAAUGACAGCAGCACCGCCUCCUGAAGCAACACUGGAUCCAGUAUCUAAUACAGAUGAUGUAAUAUGGGAAGGUGGAGUCAAUAAAAAGAAACUCAAGCGUCCUGGAUUAAGUAAAAACUUAAUACCCAAUAAAAAAGUUAUCAAAAUGUACAAAGAACAGAAAGCUAGGGAUGGAAAAAAAAUAUAAUUUAUUAGUUUUAUAAA